AUGGAAUUAACUCUCAGCGGCGACAAGGUGGGGUUUCAGUCGAUAACCCACAACACCAUCAUGCCGUCCGUGUUAUAUACUCCACAAAAGGCGGCUAUAAAAACCAAUCCCACAAUCGAUCCAUCGAAAAUCUUAGAAAAAGUCGAAGAGAAGCCACCACCAAAGAAAACUCUUGCCAAGGGCAUUAGGAAAACCUAUGAGGAAUUCUGCGGCAAUACCUCCAUACAUGGUUUUCAAUAUUUUGGUCAACAUCGGCCACGCAAGGAGAUCUUCUUUUGGAUUGUGGUCUUUGCCAUAACCAUAUACUUUUGCACCUCCAUCAUAGUGAGGAUCUAUGUGAAAUGGUAUGAGACACCGGUGAUAGUGAGUUUCUCAGAGAAAUCGACGCCUAUAUGGAAUAUACCAUUUCCCAGGGUUACCAUAUGCCCGGAAACCAAGAGAUCCAUAAACAAAACUGCAGAGGAUACUUUUGUGGAACUUUAUAGGAAAAUGAAGGACUUUGAAAAGGGAGACCGUCAAUUUAAUGAGAAUUUUACUCGCACUGAUCUGGAGGAUACGUUGACCCUCAUGCAUAUUUGCAAUUCCAUCAAUGUCAAUACGGAGCCCAUUAUAAAGAAUUUGAGUUACACGGAUAUAAUGAGCAGAAUGCUGCCCAACUUCGAUAAGUAUUUCCACACCUGUGCUUGGUUUGGCAAUGAAACCUCCUGCAAUAGUCUCUUCAAGAAAGUCUAUACGGAUGAGGGUAUCUGUUAUGUUUUCAAUACCUUAAAGGCGGAUGAUAUGUACAGGGAGGAUGUGAUGAAGAGCAAAGUGACGGCAGAAUCUAAGGACAAACAAAAGAAAGUUCCCUUGAAGUGGUCUCUGGAGGAGGGCUAUGCUGUUGGCAGUGAUUUGCACACCUAUCCGGCUAGAGUUUUAACUUCCGGUUCCGAUGCUGGACUCACCAUAUAUUUGCAGAGUUUCCUGGAGGAAAUGGACUACAGCUGUAAUGGACCAAUUCAAGGCUUCAAGGUGAUGUUGCACUCGCCGGAUGAUGUGCCCUCGGUGACAAAACAUUUCGUACGCAUAUCCAUGGAGAAGGAGGUGAUGAUAGCCAUCAAACCCAAUAUGAUAACUACCUCGGCAGACAUAGCUGCCUAUGAUCCGGAGAAGCGAAGAUGCUUUAUGAACAAAGAUCGCCAGCUGAGGUUCUACAAAGUCUACAGUCAAAACAAUUGUGAACGGGAGUGCCUGACCAAUUAUACCCUCGGCCAAUGCAAGUGCGUGCAUUUCGCUAUGCCACGCACAGAAAAUAUGACCAUCUGUGCCGAAGAUAAGAUCGAAUGCUACAUGAAGGCCCACAAGAAAUUCUAUGUCAAGCAGUUUAAAGAUGGUUCGACGCAAGAUGAGGAGGCUGCAGAUGAUGAUGAUUGCAAUUGCCUGCCCGCCUGCACCUCGCUGGACUUUGAGACUGAGAUAUCAGAGGGCUAUUUUGAUUUGGUCAGCACCUUGGAGGCCUAUAACAGCACCGAUGAUUAUUUUGCAGAAUACCCGGGGGGCAAGAUGUCACGCCUGGUCAUCUAUUUCAAGGAGAAUCAAUUUAUUACCUCCAGGCGUUCCGAAUUGUAUGGCAUCACUGAAUUGGUGGCUAAUUUUGGAGGUGUAUUGGGUCUAUUUAUGGGUGUUUCCAUACUCAGUGUAGUGGAAAUUAUCUAUCAUUUUACUUUGCGUUUGUGGGAGAGAAUGAUGGGUUAA